AUGAAGGGCCAGAGCAGAAGAUUUGUGAGCCACAAGGGCGAGGCGUACGAUGUUCACACAGAGAAGAAAAAAAGUGACAACAUAGGAUUUUUAGAUCUCUGGCGCUACGCAACGCUGAUAGAACGCUUGGUGACAGUAUGCGGGGUCCUGAUAGCUCUGCUCAGCUCCCUUGGCACCAUCAGCGGGAUCGUCAUGUACGGUGAGCUGACCGCGCUGUUCGUUCAGCGUCACAAGGAACAGCUCAUCACCGGUGAUGCGUAUAUAUUGAUGGCAUUCGGAGGUGGGAGAGAAAUCCCUGCAGGCAACCGUUCUCUCCACAUGGAUGCGCUGGUAGAAGACAGUAUAGCAUUCGGCUACGCCAGCUUAACCGUCAUCGUGUUGCACAUCCUGACUGCAGCGGCUGCCGUCGCCCUGGUGGGCUGGGCCGCCGCCAGAAUGGUGAUGCGUCUCCGAUUAAGGCUACUCCGGUCGGUGAUCAGUCAGGAGAUCGCCUUCUUUGACACCAACACUACUAUGAACUUUGCCACCGCCGUCACUGAGGAUAUGGAGAAGUUCAAGGGCGGGGUAGGACACCACGUAGCGAUGACCGCUAACCUGGCCGGCACCGUCAUCUUCGGAGCAGCACUGGCUCUCAGCUACGGGUGGCAGCUUACCCUUAGUGGGCUCAGUGUCGUGCCCGUGUCACUGGCCAUAGCCAUGGUUGUCGCUAAGUAUCAAACGAAAUAUGCCAGUAAAGAGAUAACAGCUUAUGGCGCUGCAGGACGUAUAGUAGAAGAGGCGUUGUCUGCUAUCAGAACUGUGAGAGCUUACGGAGGAGAACCACUUGAAGUUGAAAGGUACAAAACAUCUUUACAGUCCGCAACACAUGCAGCACGUGCUCGAGGUCUGUGGUCAGGCGUGGGCUCUGGUCUCGGCUGGCUACUGACAUAUGCACUCAAUGCCAUCGUGUUCGCAUACGGGACUAUCCUGUGUGUGCGAGAUAUGGACCUACCACCAGAACAACAGAUGUACCAUCCUGGAGUAAUGGUCACUAUCCUGUCGCUAACGUUCGUAGCUGCGCAGAACGUGGCGAUGUGCCACCCUCAUCUUGAGAUGUUCAGCGGUGCGCGAGGUGCCGCCCGCUCGCUGUUCCGCCUCCUUGAGAGAAGCUCCUGCAUCAACGCCUUGGAGAGCAGUGGCGUCCAGGAGAAGAUCAAGGGCGACAUCGUCUUUGAUAAUCUCUACUUUAACUAUCCAUCUCGGCCAGAUGUUAAGGUACUUCGUGGACUUACGCUAACGAUUCGCGCGGGGGAGACCGUAGCUCUAGUGGGCGGCUCCGGGUGUGGCAAGUCCACUCUCUUGCAACUGCUACAGAGGCUUUACGAGCCUGAAAGUGGCUCUAUAACCGUAGACGGGCACAAACUCUCCGACAUACAUUUGCAUCACUUCAGAAAGAGCAUUGGUGUGGUAGGCCAAGAGCCCGUGCUGUUUAGUGGCACUAUCAGAGAAAACAUUACAUUCGGUAUGGGUGAAGUCAGUGACGAGGAAGUCAUCGCAGCGGCAAAACUCGCAAAUGCACAUCAAUUCAUCAGCAAAUUGGCAAACGGGUAUAAUACGAUGCUAGGCGAGCAAGGCGCGUCGCUGUCGGGCGGUCAGAAGCAGCGUGUGGCAAUCGCCCGCGCCGUGCUGCGCCGCCCCGCGCUGCUCCUGCUCGACGAGCCAACGGCCGCGCUCGACCCUGCAGCCGAGAGACAGGUACAAGCAGCCCUAGACGCAGCUUCCAAAGGGCGCACAACGUUGGUGGUGUCUCAUCGUCUGUCCACCAUCAUCAAUGCUACUCGUAUCGUGUAUAUGGAACAGGGCGCUGCGCUGGAACAAGGAACGCAUUUGGAACUCAUGGAGAAAAAAGGCUUGUAUUACAAGUUGGUGCAGGAAGAUAUGACUAACAAGAGUAUAGAUGCGACUCUCUCAGCUGACGCCGAAGGUGAUGAUGAUGACGUCAUCGAUGAAGUUGAAGACCUGCCACAGUUCAGACGCUGCCUCAGUACCCGACAGUCCAAUAGAAGUUCCAAGUUCGUCCGCAACAGCGUACGUACCAGUUUCGUGGGUGCAGCGCGACUGCCGCAAGUAGCACACGAAGCGCUUGCACUUCCGGAACCUGACGAGCUUGAUGAUGAAGAGUCUACAGCAGAAAACGCAGUAUCAACCUUGUCGCUCCUGCGAAUGAAUGCGGCAGAAUGGCCUCUAUUAGUAGGGGGAGCUUUUGCCUCGCUGCUGGUGGGAGCUACCAUGCCUACCUUCGCGUUGUUGUUUGCGAAGCUAUAUGGAAAAUUUGCGGAGUCAGACAAGGAUGAGAUUUUGUCGUCAUCAGCCCUGUACUCGAGCCUGUUUGCGUGCGUGGCAGCCGCUUGCGGGGCCGUCACCUUCGCGCAGACCUGGCUCUUCAACCUCGCGGGGGGAAGGCUCACCGACCGUCUCAGGGAACUCACAUUUGCCAACUAUCUUCAACAGGAGCAAGGCUGGUUCGAUAUGCCACAGAACUCAGUGGGCGCUCUGUGCGCUCGCCUCGCUACGGACUGUGCCAACGUGCAGGGAGCUACCGGUACUCGCCUGGGCACGAUACUGCAAGGCACUAGCACCAUGAUCCUGGGCGUGGGACUUGCCUGCGCUUUCUCCUGGAAGAUGACUCUUGUCUCUUUGCUCAGCGUCCCUGUGGUAAUGGGAAGUAUAUACCUGGAGGGGUACAUAAACAAGCGCGCCGAGAACAAGGAGCGCAAGGCUCUGGAGCUCGCCUCCAGGAUCGCCACGGAGGCUGUUAUCAACGUCAGGACUGUACACAGCUUAGGUGUGGAAGAGAGCAUCUUAGCCCGGUACAGCGAGUCACUGGAGGAAGCGAACGCGCGCUCGGCUCCGAUUCGCUACAUACGUGGGCCUAUCUACGGCAUAUGCGUGUGCGCACCUACUCUUGGCUACGCCGUCUCACUCGUCUACGGAGGAUACCUGAUCGCCAGGGAGGGCAUGCCCUAUGAGUAUGCUGUCCUAGUAUCCGAGGCACUGAUCUACGGCGCGUGGAUGUUGGCAGCUGCACUUUCAUUCGCGCCAUCGUUCGCCGCGGCUAAGCGCUCUGGAGCUAGGAUCCUCGCCGCGUUGCACCGAGAACCAAAAGUUACAACUGAACACACUGCACAAGAGUUUAAAGGCUGGCAUCCGUCUGGUGAAGUAGAUUUCCGUGACCUUCACUUCAGUUACCCGACGAGGCCUAACGUGCCGGUACUGCGUGGCUUGAAGCUGAAGGUGACCCCGGGGCAGACGGUGGCGCUGUGCGGCGCCAGCGGGUGCGGCAAGUCCACGCUCUUGCAUCUGAUGCUAAGGAGUUACGACCCUGUCUCCGGGAACAUCGAGCUGGACGGCAAGGACAUCCAACGUUCCCUAACCCUGCCGCAGCUGCGCCAACAGCUGGGAUUGGUCCAGCAGGAGCCGGCGCUGUUCUCUCGUACGAUCCGCGAGAACAUUGCGUACGGAGACAACUCGCGGCACGUACCCAUGGACGAGAUCAUCCACGCCGCGCAACAGGCGAACGUGCACAACUUUAUCGCUGGAUUACCCAUGGGCUACGAUACGUUGGUGGGCGGCGGCGCGGGCGCAGCGCUGUCGGGCGGCCAGAAGCAGCGCGUCGGUAUAGCGCGCGCGCUGGUGCGCCAGCCUCGUCUGCUGCUGCUCGACGAACCCACCUCCGCGCUCGACGCCAGCAGCGAAAAGACGGUUCAAGCGGCACUGGAGGUAGCCGCCAAGGGCCGCACAACGAUCAUCAUCGCCCACAGGCUCGCCACAGUACAACACGCCGACGUCAUCUGUAUCAUCGACAAAGGUGUGGUGGUAGAGAGCGGAACACACGCGGAGCUGGUGAAGAAGCGAGGCAUGUACUGGCAACUGCUGCAACAGCAGGCACCCUCCGCCUCAUAA